ACGGUGUAUGUUGUGUGUGGUGGUGGUGUACAAAGCGGUUCACAACAGUCGUAACAGGUGUCUAUCGGCGAGUGGACGGCGCUCGCUUUUUUUUGCCCGUUAAGAGCGAUUAGCAGCGAUUUUUUGGCCGCCACCGCUAGGUCCGAAAGCCGUUUUCGGGUUUUCGUAUACGCCAAGGUUUUAUUAUUAUUAUUAUAUGAGUUUGUUUUGUCAAGUUUAAACGUUUUUUUAAACAGUUUCAAGUCGAAAAGAACUUAAUUCACUUAAAUAUAGAACGGGCACCAUGGAAAACGCCACCGCCGAUUAUUGCAGCAUGUUCGCCAAGGAAGGGCUGGUGGUCGAUGGAUAUAUAGUGUCUCCUUCUGAAGUCCACAAACGGGCCAGCAUCAGUCAAGUAAAAGACCGAGAUUGUACGGUAAAAACCAAAGAUUCUCUUUCGAGGAGUACCAAGACUUAUUCGCUACUAGAAUAUCACGAAGUAGAACCGUAUUUGCAGUCCAAUCCGUACAUUACUUCCGGCUAUAGAAAUAAAUUGUCAACGAAAAUGUGUUUGGAAAGCGUAUUUUGGUUGACAAAUGAAACCAUAAACAUAUGGUCCCACUUAUUCGGUUGGAUGUUGUUUUUCGGUUUAACAAUCUACGAUCUGAUGCUGGUGAAUAUCCGUGCUUCGCCUUUUGACAAAAUGGUCGUAGGACUACUACUCGGAUGUUUUCAGAUUAGCAUGGCAAUGUCUUCGGUGUACCACACGUUUGGAUGCAAAUCUGAACAACAUUUUCACUGUUUUCUGUCUUUCGAUUUGUUUGGUAUAGCAAUGAGUCUGCUGGCUAUUUACUUGUCAGGUGUCUAUUACGCCUUUUGGUGUCAUCCAGUUCACCAAACUUUCUACUUAGCGACAGUGCUUGCCAUAUUUGUGGCUUGUAUGGUGUUGCAAAUACCAAAGCUCAAAAUUAGUGAUAACAUAAAGAUGAUCUCGUUUGUAUCAUGGGCGGCGUAUGGAGUAAUACCAACAUUCCAUUGGGUCCUGGUCAUGGGAGGAUGGGAAAAUCCAAUAGUCUCCAAACUGUUACCGAGAAUAUUUUAUAUGUACUUCUUCAGCGGACUAGCCUUCUUAAUAUACAUUACCAAAGUACCAGAACGUUUUUUCAAAGGUAGAGUAAAUUAUUUUGGAUCUUCGCACCAAUGGUGGCAUUUUCUAGUCGUAUACGUUUUGUAUUAUUGGCACAACACUGGCAUUCAAUACAUAGAGUUUAGAAUGAACCACGGAUGUGCCCAUGAUUUGCGAUUAUGAUAUUUUUUAAUAGCAAUUGUUAUUAUUGCUCGAUUUUGUGUACACAAUCUCUUUAAAUUAUUGUUUACUAUGGCUUGUUUUUCAUUUAAUUUGCGAUGUACUAAUCAUAAUUUGUAUAUUUCUGAUUUAAUUUAUAUAAAACAAAUGUAUUGUAUUGUAUUGUAUUUUGCUACCACAAUAAACGUGCAAAAAACAAUUACAAUUUUUUAUAAAA